AUGCAAAUAUUGGUGAAAUCAAUGACUGACAAUAUUGUCCAAACUAGGACUUUGGAGGUUGAGAGUUCAGAAAGAAUUGAUAAUGUGAAAGCUAUGAUUGAGGAUAAGGAGGGUAUUCCACGAGAUCAACAAAGGCUUAUGUUUGCAGGGAAAAUGCUUGAAAAUGGAAGGACCCUAGAGGAUUAUAACAUCAAGGAGGGAUCCAUUGUCUAUCUGAUUUUGGGGCAAUAUUCGCAUUCUUGGAGUAUGGAGAUUCUUGUUAAGAUCUCUAAUGGAAAGACCAUAACUUUGGAGGUAGAACGUUGUGAUACAAUUAUGAAUGUGAAGACGAAAAUUCAGGAAAAAGAGGGAAUUCCCGCAGACAAACAGAAACUAAUUUUCUAUGGGAAGGAAUUGAAGGAUAGUCGCAAUCUGGUUGAUUAUGACAUUCAGAAGAAUAUCAUGUCUCCGGAGUUGAAACCUAAGCUUUUUUGUGUGUCCCUUUAA